AGCGCCUCAAGCGCUGACUUGCGGAAAAACAACACUACCCACAAUUCAGUGAGUGGAGGAUGGUUAUGACGUCACCGUCAGCUGAUGGGUGUCACAUGACCGACAUUUUUGAUUUCAGAAACAGACAGCGUUUCCCGAGAAGUCGCAAACGAAUAUAUCUUUACGUUAACCGGCUUUACAAAAUGUUUUUUUCGCCCAUAUCGAAACAGGUGUUCCCGUUAUGAAUUAGCUGUUCACAUCAGCGCGCCCAAGAUAUCGUCUCAGGUUGUCAUCGAGCUAAAGACUGUACGCCAACAUGAGUCCAGAAGGAAAGACCCUGCUGAACAUCAUUAUCCUGGGCUUGGGGUUCAUGGUUAUGUUUACUGCCUUUGGCACCUGUGGGAAUAUUGAGCAAACCGUGAUAAAGAGUUUCAACAGUACAGAGUUUCAUGGAAGUGGCUACACAAGCAUGGCGAUUAUCUACGCCGUAUUCUCUGCCUCUAACCUUAUAGCGCCCUCAGUGAUAGCUGUCAUCGGACCUCAGUUGUCUUUGUUUUUUAGUGGCCUUGUUUAUAGUGGUUAUAUUGCUGUUUUCAUUCAUCCGUACACCUCGUCAUUCUACACUUUAUCUGUGUUGCUCGGAAUCGCCGCUGCAGUGCUCUGGACGGCUCAAGGGAAUCUGCUCACUAUUAACUCCAAAGAUUCCACCAUUGGAAGAAACAGUGGAAUAUUUUGGGCAUUGAUGCAGUUUAGCUUAUUCUUUGGUAAUCUCUACAUAUUUGUUGCCUGGCGUGGCAAGAGUCACAUAACUGAUAAGGACCGCCAGACGGUUUUCAUCACACUAACGGUCAUCAGCCUGGUGGGCAACUUCCUUUUUUUCCUGAUCCAGCGGCCAGAUCCAGAACCUGCACCUACUGAUGCCUCUGAGUCACUGCUACCAGCAGACAUCUCUGAUAGUGUCUCUGUGGUUCCAUCCCAGAGUCUGUGCUCUCAGGCAUUUGAGGCAUUCAAGAGAUCCAUACAGCUAGCUGUGACCAAAGAGAUGCUUUUACUGAGCAUACCCUUUGCGUACUCUGGUCUCGAGCUCACCUUUUACAGUGGGGUGUAUGGGACAUGUUUAGGGGCCAUGACUCAAUUUGGACAUGACGCCAAGGGUCUUAUCGGCCUCUCUGGAAUUUUGAUUGGUGUUGGUGAAAUACUUGGAGGAGGAGUAUUUGGGAUCCUGGAUAAGUGUAAUCGUUUCGGCAGAAACCCGGUGGUGUUUUUGGGGCUGGUUACCCAUAUUGUGGCAUUUUACCUCAUCUUCCUCAACAUAGCCAGUGAUGCUCCCGUGGCCCCAGAGGAAGGCACACAAAUGCAAGCUUUUAUCCAACCCAGUGUGACUGUGGCGCUGAUAUGCAGUUUCCUGCUGGGUCUGGGUGAUAGUUGUUUCAACACUCAGCUCAUCAGCAUUGUGGGCUUCUUGUUCCGGGACGACAGUGCCUCAGCAUUUGCUGUCUUUAAAUUUGUACAGUCCAUAACAGCUGCGGUGGCCUUCUUCUACAGCAACUAUCUUCUCCUCCACUGGCAGCUGCUCAUCAUGGUGCUGAUGGGCUUCCUGGGCACCAUUACUUUCUUUGUGGUGGAGUGGGGCGUUAUCAGCAGUCGACGGGACUCUGAUUAUGACAGUAUCUGAUAGAAACUACCGUCUCAUCUCCAGCCAUCAGCAUCAGUGUGCCGAUCUACAAACCAUCUUCAGAAGUCAUUUUCCUCUUUGGUGUAGCCCUUGAGUCCAUCUAGUCCAUGUAUCCAUUCUCCUUUUCAAGUGAAUCGGCUGUAUAGACUCUUUUCUUCACAUGCACUUACGAUACGUUUACUCCUCCGAUGGGAUCAAGGAUCGAGUGCUAUAAUGCAAUAAAAGGUUUGUUCACAUUUUUUACUUUUCACAUAGCAUUAUACUGUGCAAUUCCAGAAACCUGUAACUAUGGUCUCAGUAUCUUUCCAACAAUGCUUAUUUUCUUGAGGUUAUUUAAUUGAAGACUGUUUGUUAAGGUGAACUAAUCCUUUAAAUGCAAAUGCAGUAAAUCACUGAGCAAUGCAACAUCAUUUAUUAAAGGUACACUACGCUGUGAGACUGUAGAUGAGAAAUAUGGUUAAAGACAAUUUGAAUCUUUCACAGCUACAAAAUCAGUAUCAAUGUGAAACACUCAAUGCACAGUCUGUAGUUAAAUUAGGAUGUCUUGUUUAUUUUAAUUAUUUUUGCCAGUUGCCUUUCAUUUUUUAAAAAAAAAAACAAAUUUGCCAAAGAUUGAAGCACUCUUUGUAGAAAUUUGCUGUAUUUUUUUUGUUUAUUUGUGUGAAGUGAGCACAUAUUACAAUGAAACCAAUCGCUGAUAUAAUCAAUGAUAAAGAGAGGAGGCAUAAUUUGGGAAUCAUUUUUCACAGUUGCAAGCAACUAUAAUAAUAUCAAGCUGGGCUUAAGGUAGCAUGUCACUGAAAAUAAUAAUGCAUUGACAAAGACUCCUAAUACAUUCACAAUACACAUGUUACGAGCUCAUUUGCAUGGGAGUGGGAGCUACAUGUACGUUAUUACGGCUUAAACGGUUCAGCUUCAUUUGGUUCAGUGCAAUCUACAGGAUGUUGAGGGACAAUGUGAUAUGAAUUUCUGGUCAUAUACUUGAAUGUAUCGUACUGUAAAAAUAGUAAUGGCACCUGGAUAUUCUGUUUUCUUUUAUAAAUGUGUAUAUAUGGGAUUAAAGUCCUUUUUGAGCCUUUGA